CCUCACCUCAAAAGCGCUAGCGUUCCAUCAACCCUCCUACCCGAUCAUAUCUACCUAGCUCGAAUCCACACGGUCAAACAUCAAAGAACUCUCUUCCUGAAGUACGACACCUUCGAAUCUCAGAGACAGUGGGCCUCUCUGGGCUUCUACUGACUACCGGCCUCCCUUCUCUCUGCGCUUCGCCUACCAUGCCCGCCUUUGCUAGCAUCGGUUCUUUCUGGAUUGCGCCUACUACACCCGUCCCCUACACUUCACACCAUGCCCGUUCUUGCUGGUCUUCCAUCGCCCACUCAAAUAGGUCUCUCGCGUGAUAUCAUGCAUUCUUUCCAGAACGAUCUCCUCGAGUGCUAUUCCGACGCCGAAUUAGUCUGCCAUAUCGACAAGUCCCCGCGCCUCACGCCCUUCUCUGCAAUAUCCCUGUUAUCUACCAGGUACUUAGCCAAAACCUAUGUGCCCGAAGCGUUGGAAGAUUCGGUUAGAGCCGUGGAAGUAGCUCGUCAGCUGGGCGUUCGCGUUCCUGACAUUAAACGCACGAUUAAAUCCAAUGAUGGAGCAUUUUGCAUUAUGGAGUGCAUUGAAGGAACCACGUUAGAGGAAGCAUGGGCGAAAUUAGGCUGGUUUGCAUCUAUAAAGCUGGCUGUGCAGCUUCGUCAUGCAAUCAGCCUUUUAAGAUCAGUGAGCUCGUCUACUGCAGGAUCUCUUGCAACUGGCGAGUGCAGGUCAUUUUGGCUUGACGACCGCUACGGCGUGCCGGCAAGGUCAAGUCCAGAUGAUAUCACUUCCUUUAUUAAAUUCUGGGCCAACUUCAUCUCUAUUCGACAAGAAAUAAAGAAUGCGCCCCACUGUUUGGUGUAUUCAAAGGUAUACACGCCUCCAGCGGCCAGGACAUUUGUUUUUACUCACCAUGAUCUUGCUCCUCGAAACAUUCUUCUUGAUCAUUCAGGUCAACUUUGGUUAAUUGAUUGGGAUUACGCAGGUUUCUACCCUCCUUACUUUGAGUACGCGGCUAUGCACAAUUUUCACAUUCCUCAGGAUUGGAAUAUGUUUGCGCGCAUGCGAUGGCAUCUAUUUACUUGGAUUGCAGCUGGGCGCACUGAGAAGCAGAGACGGCUUUUGGAACGCAUAAGAUCGAAAUUCACACGGUUCAGUGUCGGGCGCCGCUUUCACCUCUUGGCAAAUAGCAUUCCGACCAGAAAGCCAGUAUCUUAGGCAGACCAAACUGAAAGGAGAACCAAAGUUAAUUCAAACACUUUUUAAGUAGUAACAGACGUUGCUUAACUGGACUUAAGUGCUUCACGCGGUUAUUAACAUACAUGUUAUAGUAAUAGAGUAGUCUCUGGUCGAUUCCUUCAAGUAGCGAUAGUGCUGCUCAUCAUCCUCUACUACAGGACACAUGAUUGCUGGGCGGGUAUGCAAACGGUAGACACAAUCAUAUGUAAAGUAUGUCUACCUAUGACCAGGCUGGGACCUGCAAGCCUCUACUUAGCCCGCGCGACGCCUAUUACGCGUGCAACCCUGCGCAGCUGCACCCUAGCAGCAAGAAAUAAAGGCGUCUUCGACAGCGG